CGAUGACUCCGCCUCCUUCCAUUCCUCACUCAAGCUGCCGUCGGACACAUUGCAAUCUUGCUGGUUCUCUAUCCAAGUCGACAGAAAUGCAGAUUAAAGUUUGACGAGCUGUCAUGGCCGAGCUGAGCGGAAAGAUCCAGACCGUCUUGGGUCUGCUGGACCCAGACCAGUUGGGCCGCACCAUGACCCACGAGCACCUGACCAUGACCUUUGAGUGCUGCUACGUACCCCCGCCACCAGAGUACCACCAAACAGCCGAGAACCCCUUCCAGAUGCGCCACGGACACUGGCUGAGGCAGAACCCGUACAGGUGCCACGAGAACCUGCUCCUGUGCCAGGAGACGGAGGCUGUGCGUGAUGAGCUGCUGGCCUACAAGAAGGCGGGCGGCGGGAGCGUGGUGGAGAACACCACCACGGGCAUUGACCGGGAUCUGCCGACCCUCAGGAGGCUGGCCAAAGAAACCGGGGUCAACAUCGUGGCGGGGGCCGGGUACUAUGUGGACUGCACGCACUCGGACGAUACGAGGAAAAUGAGUGUGGAGAAGCUGACAGACAUCAUCAUAGGCGAGGUCCUCCACGGUGCCGAUGGGACGGACAUCCGCUGCGGCGUGAUCGGUGAGAUCGGCACCGGCUGGCCCAUCACGGACAGCGAGAGGAAGGUGCUGCGGGCGGCGGCCCAUGCCCAAGCCCAGCUCGGCUGCCCGGUCAUCAUCCAUCCCGGCCGCAACGCCGCCGCUCCGGCCGAGGUCGUCCGCAUUCUUCAGGAAGCAGGGGGCGACAUCGGCAAGACGGUCAUGUCGCAUCUGGACAGGACCAUCUUCAGCUACUCUGAACUUCUGGAUUUCGCUGAGAACGGGAGUUACCUGGAAUACGACCUCUUUGGAUUGGAGACUCUUAACUACGUCUUCAACCGGGACGUGGACAUGCCCAGUGACAGCCAGAGAAUCAAUGCCUUGGUCUUCCUGGUGAAAGAAGGCUACGAGGACAAGAUCGUGAUCGCGCACGACAUCCACACCAAGGACCGCCUGUGCAAGUACGGCGGUCACGGCUACUCGCACAUCCUGCUCAACAUUGUGCCCAAGAUGCUGACGCGGGGCAUCUCACAGACGCAGGUAGACAAGAUUCUGGUAGACAACCCCAAACGCUGGCUCACCUUCAAAUGAAGAAUGGCAAGAAAAAGGCCGGCGUUUUUUUUUUUCAUUUGUUUAAUGAAGCCAUAAUGAUUUUCUUUUUCAUUGUGGGAUGACGAGCCAACAGUGAGAUGUAAUGUGACAGUAAUGAAAUAAUUUGGGCCUUCGAUCAAUCACGGGAUGCAAUUUUGUCUCUUGUAAUGAAGAUGAUCAUGAUGAAAUUAAGCACUGUAAGUAGCCCACACUGAUUUAUUUGCUGGACACAUUUGGAUUCCAAGAGCAUUUUGAGUUGUUGAAUAGAUUAAUCGGACAUUAUUAGCAUUUUUAAAUCGGAAAAAAUAGGCAAUUUUCCUUAUCUUUUUUUUUUUUAAAUACAUUAUAUCAGUAAAAACAUCACAAUCAUGACAUGGAACUUUUUUAAUUCUUUUAAUUUGUAUUCAUCCAUUAUACAUAUUCUAUUUUGAUCAAAAUAAAAUAAAAACAUUGACAUAGCAAU